ACAAGUUUUGAGGAGUAACAAAUACACAAACAACAAAGAAGCCAAAGUAGGGUGAAAAGAAACAGAACAGAGAAAACAGAGAGAGAGAGAGAGAGAGAGAGAGGUUUGGUUGAAGAUAACAGAAAAGCGGCCAUUUUUUUCUUUUUAUUUUGAUUUCUUUAGUCCUUAAAGAUCAAAACUAACACAUACCCAGAAAUCUUACAACGCUGAUUUCGGAUUCUUUUAACUUUCUCGGGAAAUUUCUUCUUUUGAUUUUCUCUCAGAUAUUACAAGUCUUUUUAAAUGAAGUCUCGUCCUUCCUGAUUAGAGACCAAUUUCAUAGAACACGUCGUGUUGUCCUCGGAUCUUGAGGGAAAUGGAAAAGGAAUCCAAGAUUCAAAGAGGGCAUAACAACAAUAGAGCUACAGAGACUGACUUUGGGUUGCAAUGGGGGAACAGAAAGAGGCUUAGAUGUGUGAAAGUCAAAGACCAAAGCUUAGCCAACAAAUCGGACUGUUUGGGGAAGAAGAAAAUAACUUCUCGUGUCGAUCGCUGCGUGGUUGGCACCGCCGAGAAAGACUUGGUUUCUCCGCAGGCCCAUCGACUCAACAAGAACUCUGACUCGCCCUUGAAUAACCGAAAGGUGUUGAUGGCAUCACCAGAAAAGGAAGAUCGAUAUUACACAACAAGGGGUUCAUUGGGCUUUGAUGAUAAUGGGAAGGUGUUGAUGGAUCAUGUAAAGGAGGAUAAACCGCUUGUUUGGCCAAAGCUUUUUGUUACACUGUCUAGCAAAGAAAAGGAGGAGGAUUUUAUGGCUAUGAAAGGGUGUAAGCUUCCUCAGAGGCCCAAGAAGAGGGCUAAGCUGAUACAAAGAAGCUUACUCUUGGUCAGUCCCGGUGCAUGGCUGUCGGAUCUGUGCCAAGAGAGGUACGAAGUGAGGGAGAAAAAGGCUUCAAAGAAGAGACCCAGAGGAUUGAAGGCGAUGGGAAGUAUGGAUAGUGAUUCAGAAUGAGAAAUUUAAAUGGAUACAGAGGCUGGCAGGGAAUUUAAUUUUUGUGGUAGUUGAGAAGUGGAGGGAGAGCAGAAAAAGGGGUGGUGGGGUUAAAAGCAAGAAAAGAAAAAAAAAAAAAAAAAGAAAGAAAAUCAAUGAUGAAGAGGAUCUCUGUCUUAUAUUGUUGUUGUUGUUCUUCUUCUUCUUCUUUUUGUAGAAAUUGCUCUGCCAGUUUUACUUUCCCGAAAUAAUUUUCUCACUUCUUUUCUUGGCAUGGACUUGUUCCUUGUCCUUCAAUGAUUCUUUUUGUCUACU